GUAAGAAAACUCCCACAUCGACAGCAAAACAAAACAAAAACCAUCUCACGACAAAACCCAUGAUGAUGAAGCCCACUUACACUAUACUUCUGGUGUGUGUACUUGCAACUCUCGUCUUCGCCAACAAUGUCGGAGCAAGAAUCCUGGAUCACAAUCCGGCCCAAUUCAAUGACCAGAAAUCUUUCUAUCCCGGAGAUGGCCUCGGCGGCGGAAAUGGCGGUCUCGGCAUCAGCCUCGGAGGAGGAGCCGGCCUCGGUGUUGGUGGGCUUGGCAUUGGAGCUGGCCUCGGUGUCGGAGCCGGACUAGGAGGCGGCGGCGGCGCAGGAGGAGGAGGCGGACUCGGAGGCGGCGGUGGAGGUGCGGGUGGUGGGUUCGGAGGCGGCUUGCCUUGAAAAAUUCUAGCGAUUGUGCGUCUGUGUUCCAUUUCUAGGGUUCCUAGUAAGUCGCUUGCUUGCGUCUUAAGUUGAAUAAAAUAGAGAUUGUGAGUUGGCUCUUUGGUUUAA